AUGGACAAUAUGAUAACUAAUGCCCUUGGGUUUAAUACGCCGAUUUAUGUGCCAAAUGACGUCGACGACCCUGCUGAUGAUGAAUAUGACGCUGAUGUUAACGUCGAGCGACCAAAUGAGGAAGCCCAGCGAUUUUUUGAUCUUUUAAAAGAGACAAAUACACCGUUGUGUGAAGGCUCUCGAGACUCAAAGUUAACGGUGUGUAUUAGACUUUUGGGUAUCAAGUCUGAAUGUCUUGUUUCAGAAUACACCAUGGACUUGAUAACGAAACUGAUGUUGGAUAUAACAAUAGACCACCCUCUUGAUUUGCCAAAAAAUUAUUAUGAAGCAAGACAAUUGGUUGCAAAGUUAGGACUCGGAGCGAAGAGAAAUGACUGUUGUGUUAACGGGUGUAUGUUGUACUAUAACAACGAAUUUGGUGUAGCUGACGGUGCAUUACUUGAAUGUAAAUUUUGUCAAGAACCAAGAUAUCGUGUAACAAGAAAUUCACGGUCAGUCAGAAGGAAGCCAAUCCCAAGAAAGGCGAUGUUCUAUUUACCCAUAAUACCAAGGUUACAAAGGUUGUAUGCAUCGAUGAAAACUGCCAGUAAAAUGACAUGGCAUCGUGAAAACUAUGAAAGGAGAAAAAUGUCAGAUGGAUUUACACCAUAUACUCAAGUAUCAGCCACUCCAUAUUCAUGUUGGCCUGUUCUAGUUACCCCGUACAAUCUUCCUCCUGACAUGUGCAUGUCAAAACCUUACAUGUUUUUAGCCGCUGUAAUACUAGGCUCAUCUAGUCCAACUGUUGGUAUUGAUAUCUAUUUACAACCUUUGAUUGAUGAUUUGAAGAGAUUGUGGAACGGUGUUGCGACGUAUGAUAUCAAUCAAAAACGAAAUUUCAAUAUGAGAGGAGCUUUAAUGUGGACUAUUAAUGAUUUUCCUGCAUAUCGGAUGUUGUCUGGAUGGGGGACACAUGGUAAACUAGGAUGUCCUAUUUGCAUGAUGGACACCAAAGCGUUUUGGUUACACAACGGUGGGAAGGCUACUUGGUUUGACUGUCAUCGUCGUUUCUUGCCUACUAAUCAUCUGUUUAGAAGAAAUAAAAAUGCUUUUGUUCAUGGUGAGACCGAGACUCGUGAUCCACCAGAUUAUUUGGCAUCCCGACAAGUCUGGAACAAAGUGGAAGAUAUUCCAAAGGUUGAGGUUGUAGGUGGCGUUGCCUCUAAACCGCGUGGUUAUGUACAAACGCACAACUGGACAAAAAGAAGAAAAACGAAAGAUAAUGACAACGCGAGGAGAGACAUAGGGUUGUAUUGCAAACGUAACGAACUGUUGUUGUUGGAGACAUCUAACGGCAAACUUCUUAAACCUCGUGCAAACUAUACUUUAUAUCCUGACGAAGCAAAAUCUGUUUGUCGAUGGGUAAAAGAAGUGAAGAUGCCAGACGGUUAUUCGUCGAAUUUGGCGAGAUGCGCUGAUGUUGACCACGGAAGGAUGCGUGGGAUGAAAAGUCAUGAUUGUCAUGUUUUUUUCCAGACUUUACUUCCGAUUGUAUUUAGUUUUUUACCCCAACAUGUAUUGAAUCCGCUUAUUGAAAUCAGUCAAUUUUUCAAGAAUUUGUGUUCGACAACGCUAAGAGAGGCUGAUCUCAUCAAGAUGGAAAAUGACAUUCCACUGAUCUUGUGUAAGUUGGAGAGAAUAUUUCCUCCUGCCUUGUUUGAUUCUCUGGAGCAUGUUGUGGUGCAUCUUGCAUAUGAGGCUAGACUUGGUGGGCCGGUUCAAUAUAGAUGGAUGUACCCGUUUGAAAGGUUCAUGGGUUAUGCAAAACGUGCCGUGAAAAACAAAGCUAGGGUCGAAGGCUCAAUUUGUGCAACAUACUUACACCGCGAAACAAUUUACUUUUGUUCGCAUUACUUCAAAGACACGUUGUCAUCAAGCCAUAUUCGCAAUGAAACUGAAACAUCUCGGCCUGUGAGAAUUCACCCAUUAAACAUGUCAAUAUUCAGCUUGCCUGGUCGUAAUGGUGGUGGUGAGAAAGUGUUGUAUCCUGGUGAUAAAGUUCUAUAUUCAGCGCAUGUUCACUUGCUGAUUAAUUGCAAUGAAGUCGAGCCCUAUUUACAAUUUGAGACACACAGUUGGAGUGAAGGAAAAACAACAGCAAACAGUGGAGUGUGUAUGAAAGGUGUGACUAAAAAUGGUGAAGGAGAUUUUUACGGUGUUAUUGAGAACAUAUUUGAAUUCGAAUACAAUUACCUUGAUUAUAAGAAAACAGUCGUGUUGUUUUACUGUAAAUGGUUUGAUCCUUCAAAUAGAGGUACCAGAUAUGAUUCAAAGACUAAUACCGUGGACAUAAAAAUGAACAAACAUUAUCCAUUGUAUGAUCCGUUUGCUAUGGCUCAUAACGUCAGACAAGUUCACUAUGUCCCUUAUCCAUCGACUACAAGGGAUAAGCGAGGUUGGUGUGCCGCAAUAACAUCAAAACCAAGGGGUCUGAUUGAAAAAAAUGAGAUAGAUGAACGUGAAGAUGAACCAUAUCAGGAAGAUGAGAUGUCCAAUGUUGAUGAUGUCAUUGCAGUUGAAACUUUUAAUCAACUUUGUGUAAAAGAAGAAGCCGAAGAAGUACCUUCUAAUGGUGAUGUUGAUGAAGAGGAUUGCUUGUAG